AUGGCUCCGCCUGACACUCUCGCCAUCAAGGGCGACAACGGCAGUCGCAUUUCCAUCUCGGACUGUAAGCUCCAGCCGCUCAACCUGCUCAUCCCCGGCGGCGCUCCCGUCAUGGUUCCCAAACACAAGGCAUGGCCAGGUGCCAAGAAGAAGGAGGCAAUCAAGGCCAGGGAACCACUCACUACGACCAACUCGUAUGAUGCUGGAGAGGAAGAUGAUCCAGAUGAAGAGCGCGUCAUUCCGAGGACAAAGUCAAGACGAGCCAGCAAGUCCAAGUCGUCUUCCAAGACAGACAUCAAGGCCAGGCCCGAGAAGAAGCUGGAGGAGUCCUGCAAGAAGACAACCAAGCUGGACAAGCUUGCGACAGAGGCCAAGCAGCGCAAGAAGCUCGAAAGGCAGGUCAAGGAGCAGGAGGAAUACAUCGCAAAGCUCAAGGCAAAGUACGCAGCCAAGAAGCACAAGCACGCGACCAACAGUCAGAUCGAGAAAGCCGAGCCCGAUGAGGACACCGACGAUGGCGCCACGUCCGACUCCGUGGUCGGCAAUGUGUCUGCAGCGUCCAGUGCAUCAACCAGCGGAGGAGCAGUGUCCGACGCGAGCGACCAAGUCCGGCACUUGAUCAAGAGCCUCAAGAUCAAGGGCGCAGGAACAGACAAUCCCGACUUCAACCCGUCAGAGGACUCUCAGCUCCUAGCCAGGAAGGAGAAUGGAGAGUCAUGGGGCGUCAUUGCCAAGUUCAUGGGCCGCCCAAAGAAGCAGCUCCAGAAGCGCCACAAGGAGCUCCUGGAGCUCGGCAAGACGGCCGAGACAGCAGGCACCAGCGGCCCCGAGGAGAGUACAGAGGCUGCUGCCACCACUGCCGAUACAGACAAGGAUGCGCCGACCGAUGCCCUUGGUGGGCUCUUCGACCUCGGCCGCCUGCAGGCCAGGCUGGAGGCCACCGCGGCAGAGCAGGCCCAGGCCGACAAGUCGAAGGGCGCAGAUAGCGACGAAAACGAUGCUGUCAAGGCGCCCAAGACAUCACCUGUUGCAAUGCGGGAAACUGAGACCGGAGGGAAGAAGAAAGACAAGAAAAAGCCCAAGCAGGCCUCACCAGCCGCCGCCGGGGGCGAGUCCGGCUACGAGUCCGGCUCCGAAGACGUGUACACCAAGGUCUUCAUCGGCAGCUACGCCAAACGACUCCUGACAGACAAGAGCGCCAUCCCGGCGGCGGACGACAAUUUUGACGAGGACGACUGCAUCCUCAUGGCACUUGCGGAUGCUCGCAGGAAGGGCGACCGCUGGAAGCAGAUGCAGGCCGACUUUGCCAAUCUCACCGGCCGCAUGGUCCCUGUCGAGGUGUUGAAGUACAAGCUGGGAGAGGGAGACAAGCCAGAGAGUUAUUGA